AUGGAUAUGGUGAUGAAGUUGGGAUCAACAAGCUCUGUGGUGAUAUUCACCAAGAGUAGUUGUUGCAUUUCUCAUAGUAUUGAAACCCUAAUCCGUAGUUUUGGAGCAAAUCCUACAGUUUCCGAGCUCGAUAGACAUCCAAAUGGGAAGCAAAUAGAGAAGGCACUAAUUGAACCAGGGUGUAAGCCAAGUGUGCCAGCAAUUUUUAUAGGGAAUGAAUUUAUUGGUGGUUCUAAUGAAAUCAUGAGCCUUAAUGUGAGAAGCAAGCUGAAACAAUUGCUCAUAAGGGCUAAUGCCAUUUGGGUAUAG